UACAAACGUCAUGCUUGUUGCUGUUUUACUGUGAGAUCGUCGCAUCAUUCGGUGCCCGGUAAAUAGACAAAAACUGAUAAUCCCGUUAUAAUUUGUGAUGUUAAUUCGAUAAACGAUACGCUGCAAAUAUGGGAUUAAGAAUAACAGAUAGUCUCAUUAUAAUAAUAUAUUCACUAUGUAUAUGUACGGAGUUCAUCCUGUCGUGCAAUGUGACCUCCCUCGAGCCGUGCCCGGGGGAAUAUCAGUUCUGUAACGAGACAACAAGUAGCUGCGAAUGUUUGGAAGGAUUUUAUCAAGUCGGUGACGAAUGCCAGACGCCGAGCUCGUACAUGUCGAGUCACGACGUGACCGCCGCUGUCGUGAGUAUAUUCGCCAUCGCACUGAUCGUGUGCGGCCUCGUGCUGGUGGUGAGGAAGUACAAUUUGAUUGAAUAUGCCCGCCAGAAAAUCAAUUCCCAAAGGAAUAAUGAUGUAAUGUAUGAAGACGUCAUGAUCGGUCAAGAUGAUCCACCUUUAAGCCCCUGAGACAAACAAUGAUUCAUUAUUUAUUUGUAUAGAAUAAUUAAGAAAUGUUAAAAUCAAUCAUUUGUAAGAUAAGAGGAACGGAAGUGUAAUUAAUGUUCUUUGUUAUAAAUGUUAUGAACAUUCAUUUGUUAAUUGUAUUCAAAUAAUUGUGGCUAUUGACACAAUUCAAUUUAAAUAAAGUUAUUAUAGUGCAGUUGAUAUGCUUAUACAAAGGUUACCUUUGUUGUGUCUCUUAUCAUCUUUGUGAAGCUUAGCCAAUACAACAUUACUACAUAUAUGUCAAACUACACUGACCUUUCUGUUAGGUUCCACUGUCAACACAUACAUACAAAACUAUUUUCUAAACAAGCAGUGAAAACAGAGAUUAAAAGAUAAGAGAAUAACCCUAAUAUCUUCCUUAUUAGUUUGUAAGGAGGCUUUCCUAAUUUUUUCCUUAUUAAAAACAUAGAGGCUAGUUGUGUUUCCGUAAUAUAUCAUGAGUUACCAUAACAUUGAAAUGUUGCACAAAAUAUCAAAUAAAUUGAUUUAGAAAUUUGCUUAGGAAUUACUAAUUGAUAUUAUAUUUGCCUUAUUGUUUUGUAUAAAGGCAAUUAUAUGUUUUAAUUUUUAAGGUUUUGAUGAUGAAUACCCGUGUGGUUCUCUUUCACUCUCUCAAAGGAAUGAAAAUAAAGGUUAAAUUUUUGUUACACAAAAUUGAAGACAAUCUAGAUGUAGUAUGUUAUUUUGUAGAUGUAUAUACAACAUAUACUAUUCAAUUAAAUAAUAAAUAUGUAUCCAGUAAAAGUUAUUACAAAAGAUGCAAAAAAAUUGUAUUGUCUAUGGGGAUUUUUGACUCACUUUGUACUAGUAAAAAGUAACACAUAUUAUAUUUUAUGUUAGAUAUUUCAGGUGCAAAGGAGGUUAACAAAUGUUUAGUCAUUUAGUUUAAAGUUAUUUUGUAUGAAAGCAUUGUUAUGUUCAAAUCUUUGUGUACGUUAAAGCCAAAGACUGUCAGCAAUGCUUGUUUGAGUUCAACAAAAUAUUAGUUUUAUUUUGUAUUUCCCGAUGGCAGCUACAUGACAAAUGUUAUUUGAAGUUUGGUAUAAGAUAAAUAAGCAUGGGUCCACUGUGCAUAGGCAUAUUGGAAUUUUUCUCAUACUCUGGAGAAACAGAGAAAAAAAAACAUUUUUAUAGAGUUGUUUGUAUAGACAUAGCCCGUAAUUAUAAAACAAAAGUUAAAAUAUUCCAUUUCAUUUAUGACUCAUGUGUGAAUUUGUGUUUGUAUGUGAGAAGUUCCACUGCUGACACAUGUUUCGUAACAUCUCUGGUUGUGUGCAACAAGUGUUUCUGUCGUGGUCGUCAUGGUAUUACUAUAAUAGAAUGAAGGGAUUAGAAGAAAGUAAACACACUCUUAGUAUUUAUACAUUAUUAUUCUUCAAAUAUGUGGAAGUCAUUUUGAUAUCUCCUAUUAAUUUAAUUGUUGUUUUUAUUUAUAAUAAUCAGUGAAAUCAUAAACACAUGCGAGGCUAAGUCCUAUUUUUUAGAAAACUUUGUAUCUUAAUUUUUAUGACAUUUCUUGCCCUUUUAUAUGACUGUUUAAUAACCACAGCAGUCUUAGGUAAAAUGUAAUUUUAUAGAAUAAAAAGAAUUCAUUUAAAUUGAUAUGUAAUGUAAAUAUACAUUUUUAUGUGGUCCUAUUUGACCAACAGCUUGACAAAUGUUUCGUGAUCUGAAUAACUUCAACAUUAUCAUGUAUUUGUGUGUAACAAAAUUAUGUAUAAUCAUCAAAACAAUCAUUCUUAAAUGGAAUAUAUUUUGAAAUAAAUACUCUGUGAUA